UGAACUUCGACGUUAUCUGUUAUCAAUCAGUUCAUCAGUUCAUCAGCUCAUCAGAUAUCAUGAGCUCUCAACCUGGGGUCAGAUUUCAUGACCCUCCGGUCACUGAAUACACCUCAAUGGAUGUGGAUGAGACCUCCCAGUCCCGGAUGUCCCUUGAUCCAUUAGAUGAUAUAUACCUUGGGCCGGAUGAUGAGUUAGACUCUGAUUCUGGGUCAUCCGGUGGUCUGGAUUCGUUAAAUGCGAUUCCCGAUCCAUCAUAUCCGGCCCUGGCAGAUGGACUGGCCCUGUACGAUGACCCGGACUUAUAUCUUGGUCCGGAGGAUACCUUUAUUUCGUCUGAUGAUGCUCCGGCUGUACCCGAUUUUCCUAUGGCUGUGAAUGAAUCGACUCCCGAACCUCAUCCGGCCACUCCGGCUGUACCAGAGGCACCCAUACCUUCGAAUUCAGAAACUCCCGAACGUCAAUUGCCCGAGCCGGAACUCAACAAUGACGAACUGCGUGCCAUGGUUCAGGAGUUCAUGCCAAUCGGAUCUUAUGAUCAAGCUGAAAAUCGCCUGGGUGAUUACGAACAGAGUCAUGGAAAUCUUCCUGCCCCUACAGUAGCACAACUUCUUGAGGCUGACAGACCAUUCAGGAUGGCAUGGGCGGAAACAUGCGACAAACUGCGGAAAGCAGAUGCUGACCUCCGGAGGAUGCAACGGUCCUUCCUCGCUGCCCGGUGUUCUGUGCUCGGUACUCCGUACUCGGUACUCGGUGCUCGGUGCCCGGUGAUCGGGGUUCGGGGUUCGUCCUUGGUACUUGUAUACUCCACCUACUCAGUCCUCGCUGCCCGGUGUUCUGUGCUCGGUACUCCGUACUCGGUACUCGGUGCUCGGUGCCCGGUGAUCGGGGUUCGGGGUUCGGUACUCGGGGUUCGGUACUCGGGGUUCGGUACUCGGGCCUUGGUACUGGAGAUUUGGGAUUUAAGAUUAGGUCGUUAG